AUGGUAGCACUUCCCGCUCGCGACAUUGCUGACGACGACCAGGACCAGCACGUCGCCGGGGCCGAGGGAACGGCCACCAUCGCGUCCCGGGUCGCCUCCAUCUGCGCCAUGCUCGACGAGCACGACGUCGCCGAGACACCCAUGAGCUCCCGGCAGGUCGAAGAAAUUUCUGCCAUGAUCGACGACAUCGCCACCGCCGCGGCCUCGGAGUCAGAACGGACGACGACCGGAGACAGCAAGAGGACGAGCAACAAGACUCCGGGGUGCAUGCGCAGCACCUGCUGCUACGAGAAGCUUGGCAAGAUAGGAGAGGGUUCGGCCGCUGUCGUGACCGAGGCGCGACACCUUACGACCGGCCAGACCGUCGCCAUGAAGGCCAUCCACGAAUGCUGCCGCUCCGUCUCCGGCGGCGAGCUACUGCGGGAGGCCUGCCUCAUGGCCGCCUGCCUCGGCCACCCCUCCAUCGUCGCCCUCCACGGCCUCGCGCGCGCCCCGGACACGGAAAACGAGUACGACUACUCCCUCGUCAUGGAGCACGCCGGGCCGUCCAUGGACCGCAUCCUGCGCGACCACAUGGCCUGCACCGGCUGGCCGUUCUCGGAGCCCGAAACGCGCCAAGUCAUGGUACAGCUUCUAUCCGGCGCGGCGGAGAUCCACAAGCAUAGCAUUGUCCACCGCGACAUCAAGCCAGAGAACAUCCUCGUCGACGGCGCAGGCAACGUCAAGAUCGGCGACUUCGGGUCGGCGAUGUCGGUUGGCGGGGGCCAGAUCAGCGCCGACGCGUACUACGCCGCCGGAACGACCACGUACAGCGCGCCGGAGAUGCUGCUGGAGACGCCGGGCUACGACGCGCGCGUCGACGCGUGGUCGCUCGGCUGCGUGAUGGCGGAGCUGCUCACCGGCGAGGCGCUAUUCAACGAGAAGUCUGACUCCGACCAGCUGUGUUUGAUCUACGACGUGCUCGGCGUUCCGGGGAAGAAGGCGUGGAAGCCACACGAGUCGUCGUUCGUGGCCAGCAGGGUGCCGCUGUGGCGUCGCGAGCAGCAGCGUCGGCGUCGGAAAGGGCGGUGGCACAGCAGACGGCUGCGCGAGCUGUUCCCCGAGGAGCUGCUGUCCGAGGACGGCUUCAAGGUCCUCAAAGGGCUCCUCACCUGCAACCCCGACAGGCGGCUUACGGCCGCCGCCGCGCUCAAACUUCCGUGGUUCGCUGACGAAGACAAUGCUCCGGUGAAGAACUACGCGGCAAUGUGA